AUGCGCGGUAUGAUGGGAGUGGAGCCGCGCCGCCUCGCGCUCAAAGUCUUGCGCGCAGCGCUCGCCCUUGCGCUGCUGCACGCCUUGGCGGAGCUUCCGCCACUGCUGGGGGAAUCCGCGGCGGACGGCGGAGGGGGAGUAGGCCCCGGAGUAGACACCGGGGGACGCGGAGGAGGAAGGGGAGUUCGCGAAGGGAGGAUAGCGACCGCGGCGGAGCGGAGUUACUAUCCGCGGAACUACCAUGGGCGGAGUCCGGGCGGGGCUACUACUCCUAGGCGCCGCUCGAUGUAUUCGCUGUUUGCCUCCGCGCAGAUCAUAAGCGACGCGGACAGUAAGCCCAUCGGGAAGCUCCUAGUUGUACUUAUGGAGUCUUUCCUUCCGCGCCCCGCGGUCGUCUCACGGUCGUCUCCCCCAACAUCGGCUUCCCACUCCCCUCCCCUUGUCGGCGUUUUCUUUCCCCCCGAUAAUCCCCCCAUCAUGCCCCCCUUCCCCUCUGACAAUCCGCCCAUACCCCCUUUUUCCGCUCCGCCCCUUUUCUCACCGUUCCCCCUCCGCCUUCCCCCGUCCGCCGGAACCCCAUUCGGCGCGCAGUGUCGCAACCUGCACAACAACCAGCUUUCUGGCUACCUCCCAUCCGACUGGCCCGCAUCCCUCGCCACUCUCCUCCUAGACAACAACUACCUCUACGGCGAGCCCGCACUCUCCUCCUGCCCUGCCACCCUCUCCCUCCGCUCCAACUGCCUCUCCUUCCCCUCGCCCUCCUCCUCCUUCCGCUGCGCCCGCCACCCGCAGCGUCCCCCCGCCGCCUGCUUCGCCUUCUGCGCCCUCAUUUCCCCGGAUCAGCAGCCCUGUUCGGGCGUGGGCACGUGCCGGCUGGGCAAGACAGGCAAGCCCGCAUGCGACUGCGACGAGGGGUACGUGAGCCGCGCUUCACCGGGGUCCUGCGUACCGGAGGCACAGACUGCCUCCUUCUCGCUCUCGCUCGCCGACUCGCCCCCUGUGCGCCUCAAAGGUUCCGCGUCCUUCUCAGGGAAGCAGCAGACCUCGGGUGUGGUUCCCACCUUCGAUGUGCCGCCGCCUGACAGCCCCUUGCAGCAGCUGCUGGUGAGCCCUGCUGUGCGCGGGGCUUGGGGCGCCGUGACUCUCCUGCCGCUCGUCACUCUCUUUGCUUUCUCCACCCCGCUGGACCCCUGUGGCCGCCAGCUCGCCUUCAACUUCUCCUUUGCCUUCUCCAUGUCUACCGAGGUCUCAAAACUCAACUCCCCUGCCUCCUCUUCCUCCUCCUCAUCCACCUCGUCCUCCUCUUCCUCCAUUUCCUUCCCCUUCCUCUCCUCCGCUGCAGCUGCAAGCUCGGCGGGCAGGCUGGCAGCCGCAGCAGCAGCAGCAGCGGCAGGGGUAAGGCCAGGGGCAGGAGCAGGAGCAGGAGGAGGAGGAGCACCAGGGGACGGACUAGCCUUUGUGAUAAGCGCAACGGAACCGACAGGGGGGCCAGGCAUGGGGUACAAGGGCAUGGGCAAGAGGAGCGUGGCAGUGGAGCUAGACACACGCAUGGACGCCAAGAGUGGUGACCCGGAUAGCAACCACGUGGGGAUCAACGUGGGGGGGAACAGCCGCUCGAUUGCCACAGCUUCAGUGGACGCCUUUUCUCUCAACAGCGGGGAUCCGCGAUACGUUUGGAUCAUGUACGAUCCUCCUGCUGCUGCUGCUGCUGCUGCUGGCGGUGGCGGGGGCAGUGGAGGGGGAGGAGGAGGAGGACAGGAGGGGAGGCUGCGGGUGUUCGUGGCAACAAGGAGGGUGAAGCCAGGGCGAGCGCUGCUGGAUGUGCCUCUGUCUCUCUGCUCCGUGCUCAAGCCAUCUGCAUCAGAGCCUUCUGUGUUCCUCUCCUUCUCCUCCUCCUCGUCCUCCCCCGCACAGGCACACCUCGUGCCCUGGUGGGAGCUGCAGACAGGCCCAUCGGAUCCCUGCUUCGGCAUAUCUCGCCUAUCCCCCACCAGCGUCUACUGUCGCUCUGACACAUCCUCCUGCGCCGGGGAAGCCAUGGGGUCUGCCGGUGAUGGAGGUGCCACUGGUGGUGGCGCUGGUGGGGCAUUCACCAAGGAGUUUGUACCAGGAGAAGGAGGUGGAGGGGGGGAAGAAGGAGGAGGGGGAGGAGGAGGAGCGGGUGGGGGAGAAGAGGGAGUGCAACAGCUAGGAGAGAAGACUGGAGGCUGUGAAGUUGAUGUGUGCAGUGUGGGCGACAGGAAUCCGUGCGUUGUGGGCAACUGUGUGAAUGACGGCUACGGCGCGUACACCUGUGUUUGCCCACCCUACUUUUACCUCGGUACCUCAGAAUUCGGCGCCCCCUCCUGCGCCCCUGGCGUCAGCAAGGACUUUUAUAUUGUAACAGUGGAGACGAUGUGGUGUUACCACAUCCACCCCAUCUAUGGCCUCACACUCGACGAGUUUCUAGACCAGAACGGGGAGCUGGCGUGCGACGCACCCUUGCCACUGGGCACGAUGGUGAGCGUGAAGACCAACCCGGACAGCCUGCCCUGCUCCGCCUUCUACACCACUGUCCAGAACGACACAUGUGAAUCCAUCGCUACCCUCUUCUCUCUUACCGCCUCCUGCCCAGACCCCUCCCAGCCCUGCGCCACGGACCUCCUCCGCCUCAACCCUGGCCUCGACUGCAGCAUCACCACCUCAACAACCACCAUCAGCACAACCACCACCACCACCAGCACGCUCCCUACCGGCCUAUCCAUCUGCCUGGAGCGAGCCACGCCUCUCAUGCCCAUGUGCGAGGAGGCUGUGGUGGUGGAGAGUGCGGGGAACGCGACGUGUGCGGCGGUGCUGGCGGGGAUGAAGCCGGCGCUGAGUGCGCUGGAGCUGUACCGCAUGAACCCCGGCAUCUUCUGCCACCGCCUGCUGCCCCCGUCUAAAGACACGGGCUUCCCAGGCUCCGAGAACGUGGCGUUUGGGAUGCAUCACAACUCAAUAUCCUCGGGGAGUGGUAAGGCUGUGGCAGUGAAGGGAAAGGAUCCAAAUUGUUGUAGUGUGGCCAGCUGA